CACAGCUGAGCCAUGAUCGCGGCGGCGUUCCUGGUCCUGCUGAGACCCUACAGCAUCCAGUGCGCCCUCUUCUUGCUCCUGCUGCUGCUGGGCACCAUCGCCACCAUUCUAUUCUUCUGCUGCUGGCACCGCAGGCUGCAGAAGGGCAGGCACCCCAUCAAAUCCGUCUUCUCGGGCCGCUCGCGGAGCCGAGAUGCUGUCAUGAGAACGCACCACUUUCGCUCUGAGGUAAUUUAUUUAGCACGCAAUUUCAAGGGCUUUAGAUCAAGUCCUCGUCAUGCCAGAAGACGUGUAGCACCUCGCCUUGAGGAAACACAGCCUUUAGUAGAAGCUCACCAUCUAAGCGAGCAGGAAACCUCUGUAAGAAGAAGGAAAAUCAAGAAAAGCAGCCGAGUGCAACCAGAAUUUUAUCAUUCUGUUCAAGUUACACCAACUCGAAAACCAAGCUCCGGCACCGCGUCCUACCGCUGCUCCAUGUCGUCCUCCGCCGAUCUCUCCGAGGAGGAAGACCUCAGCCAGAAGUCGGGCACGGGGUCGCCGGCACCGGGGGACACGCUGCCCUGGAACCUGCCCAAGCACGAACGCUCCAAGAGGAAGAUCCACGGUGGCUCCGUGCUGGACCCGGCCGAGCGGGCCGUGCUGCGCAUCGCCGAUGAACGGGAUAAAGUACAAAAGAAGACCUUCACAAAAUGGAUAAAUCAACAUCUCAUGAAGGUUCGAAAACACGUGAAUGACCUCUAUGAAGACCUAAGAGAUGGACAUAACUUAAUCUCACUUUUAGAAGUCCUUUCUGGAGACACCCUGCCCCGAGAAAAAGGUCGGAUGCGUUUUCACAGACUCCAGAACGUCCAAAUUGCACUUGACUAUUUGAAAAAGCGCCAGGUGAAACUGGUUAACAUUAGGAAUGAUGACAUAACAGAUGGGAAUCCCAAGUUGACUUUGGGGUUGAUAUGGACCAUAAUUUUGCACUUUCAGAUAUCUGAUAUCCAUGUUACUGGAGAGUCAGAGGACAUGUCUGCUAAAGAGAGAUUGCUCCUGUGGUCACAGCAGACAACUGAGGGUUAUGCUGGAAUCCGUUGUGAAAAUUUCACUACCUGCUGGCGAGAUGGAAGAUUAUUUAAUGCCAUCAUUCAUAAAUACAGGCCGGACCUGAUAGACAUGAAUACCGUUGCUGUUCAAAGCAACCUUGCAAAUUUAGAACAUGCUUUUUUUGUAGCAGAAAAACUUGGUGUUGCCAGACUUCUGGAUCCUGAAGAUGUUGAUGUUUCCUCACCUGAUGAGAAAUCAGUAAUAACUUAUGUGUCAUCACUUUAUGAUGCAUUUCCCAAAGUACCAGAAGGUGGUGAAGGCAUCAGUGCAAAUGAUGUUGAAGUCAAAUGGGUUGAAUAUCAGAAUAUGGUGAACUACCUCAUGCAGUGGAUCAGGCACCAUGUCACAAUAAUGUCUGACAGAACAUUUCCCAACAAUCCUGUGGAGCUGAAGGCACUUUAUAAUCAAUAUUUACAGUUUAAAGAAACAGAAAUUCCACCUAAGGAGACAGAUAAAUUAAAAAUUAAACGUCUAUAUAAACUGCUGGAGGUCUGGAUAGAAUUUGGACGCAUCAAACUUCCUCAAGGCUAUCAUCCAAAUGAUAUAGAAAAAGAAUGGGGAAAGCUUAUUAUUGCCAUGCUGGAAAGAGAGAAGAUUCUUCGGCCUGAAGUGGAGAGGUUGGAAAUGCUGCAGCAGAUUGCAAACAGAAUUCAGCGGGACAGCCGAAGCUGUGAGGACAAACUGAUGCUUGCCCGGAAUGCUCUGCAGGCUGACACCAAACGACUGGAGUCGGGGCUUCAGUUUCAGCAUGAAGCAGAAAUAGCUGGGUAUCUUCUUGAAUCUGAGAACCUUCUCCGCCAGCAAGUGAUUGAUGCCCAAAUUCUUAUUGAUGGAAAGUACUAUCAGGCAGACCAGCUUGUACAGAGGGUUGCAAAACUUCGUGAUGAACUGAUGGCCAUCCGAACAGAAUGUUCUUCUCUAUACAGCAAGGGACAUGCAUUGACAGCAGAACAGACAAAGCUGAUGAUAUCAGGAAUAACUGAAAGCUUAAACUCAGGAUUUACAACAAACCUAACUCCUGAAUUAAAUGCUGCAAUGACUCAAGGUUUAACACCUAGUUUGACUUCUUCCAGUUUGACAUCUGGCCUCUCAUCAGGUCUUACUUCCAGGUUGACACCAGCCAUGACUCCUGCUUACACACCAGGCAUCCCACCGCGGUUAAUUCAGAGCUAUGUAACAGGAGUAGAUGGUGGAACUCUGCAAACACUCAAACUUACGCAAAUCAGAAAACCUCUUAUGAAAUCAGCUUUUGUGGACCAGAAUUUAACCGAAGAAGAAGUGAACAUGAAAUUUGUCCAGGACCUAUUGAACUGGGUAGAAGAAAUGCAGGUGCAACUAGAUCGAGUGGAAUGGGGUUCAGAUUUACCAAGUGUUGAAAGCCAUUUAGAAAAUCACAAAAAUGUUCACAAAGCUAUUGAGGAGUUUGAAGCCAGCCUUAAAGAAGCGAAAAUCAGUGAGAUCCAAAUGACUGCCCCUCUGAAACUCAGUUAUGCGGAAAAAUUGCACAAACUGGAAAGUCAGUAUUCAAAACUCUUGAACACAUCAAGAAAUCAGGAAAGGCAUCUAGAUACUCUUCACGAUUUUGUGUCUCGUGCUACUAGAGAGCUGAUAUGGCUGAAUGAAAAAGAAGAGGAGGAGGUUGCAUAUGACUGGAGUGAAAGAAACCCCAAUAUAACAAGAAAAAAGGAAUACCAUGCAGAAUUAAUGAGAGAACUUGAUCAAAAAGAAGAAGUUAUUAAGUCAGUACAAGAAAUAGCUGAACAGUUACUUCUUGAAAAUCACCCGGCCAGGCUAACCAUUGAGGCCUACAGAGCUGCAAUGCAGACACAGUGGAGCUGGAUUCUUCAGCUCUGUCACUGUGUUGAACAACAUUUGAGAGAAAAUGCUGCAUAUUUUGAGUUUUUCAGUGAUGCCAAAGAGGCCAUGGAGUAUUUAAAGAAUUUGAAAGAUGCCAUAUAUCGAAAAUACAGUUGUGACAGAUCAAGCAGCCUUCAUAGGCUGGAAGACCUUGUCCAGGAGUCUAUGGAAGAAAAGGAGCAACUCCUGCAGUAUAAGAGCACAGUAGCAGGCCUUGUGGGGAGAGCAAAGGCGAUAAUUCAGCUGAAGCCAAGGAACCCUGACUGUGUACUGAAAACAACCAUCCCAAUUAAAGCCAUCUGUGACUACAGACAAAUUGAGAUAACUAUUUACAAGGAUGAUGAGUGUAUAUUAGCAAACAACUCCCAUCGUGCUAAAUGGAAAGUCAUUAGCCCAAGUGGUAAUGAGGCCAUGGUUCCAUCUGUAUGCUUUAGUGUUCCUCCACCAAACAAGGAAGCAAUAGAUACAGCCAACAGGAUUGAACAGCAGUUUCAGAACGUUUUGGCCCUUUGGCAUGAGUCGCAUGUAAACAUGAAGAGUGUGGUUUCCUGGCAUUACCUAACAAAUGAAAUUGAAGCAGUUAGAGCUGGCAAUGUUGCCUCGAUAAAAACAAUGCUGCCAGGUGAACAUCAGCAGGUUCUGAGCAAUUUGCAGUCCCGCUUUGAUGAUUUUGUGGAAGAUAGCCAGGAGUCCAAAAUCUUCACAAGCUCUGAUACUGCACAACUGGAAAGGGAAGUUAAUAUUUGCAAGCAAUACUAUCAAGAGCUUCUGAAGUCUGCAGAAAGAGAGGAGCAUGAAGAAUCUGUUUACAAUCUGUACAUCUCCGAAGUCAGAAAUAUCAGGCUCCGGCUGGAGACCUGUGAGGAACGGUUAAUCCGACAGAUCCGGACCCCAAUGGAAAGAGAUGAUCUACAUGAAAGCGUCUUUAGGAUUUCAGAGCAAGAGAAGCUGAAGAAGGAGCUGGAUCGACUGAAGGAUGACCUGGGAGUCAUCACAGAUAAAUGUGAAGAGUUCUUCAGUCAGGCUGCUGGUUCACCUUCAGUUCCCACCCUGCGCUCUGAACUCAGCGUUGUUAUUCAGAAUAUGAACCAAGUUUAUUCCAUGUCUUCCAUUUACAUAGAUAAAUUAAAAACUGUGAAUUUGGUGCUGAAGAAUACUCAAGGUGCAGAAUCAUUAGUAAAACUCUACGAGACUAAGUUAUGUGAAGAAGAGGCAGUAACUGCUGACAAAACCAACAUUGAAAAUCUUAUGGGUACAUUAAAGCAAUGGAGAUCUGAAGUAGAUGAGAAAAGAGAAGUAUUCCAUGCCUUAGAGGAUGAGCUGCAGAAGGCAAAGAUGAUCAGCGAUCAGAUGUUCAAAAUGCACAAGGAACGUGAUCUUGACUUUGACUGGCAUAAAGAAAAAGUUGAUCAGUUAGCCGAGAGGUGGCAAAAUAUUCAUUCUCAGAUUGAAAAUAGGUUACGUGACUUAGAAGGUAUUAAUAAAUCUCUGAAGUACUACAAAGAUACUUACAAUUCAUUGGACACUUGGAUUCAGCAAGUGGAAGAUACUCAGAGGAAGAUUCAAGAAAUCCGUCCUGAAAAUAGCAAAGCAUUGGCUAAACAGCUGAACCAACAUAAGAUGCUGGUUUCUGAGAUUGAAAUGAAACAAAGCAAAAUAGACGAAUGCCAGAAAUAUGCAGAACAGUACUCAGCUGCUGUGAAGGACUAUGAGUUGCAGACUAUGACUUACAGAGCUAUGGUUGAUUCCCAACAAAAAUCUCCAGUGAAACGACGAAGAAUGCAAAGCUCAUCAGACUUCAUUAUUCAAGAGUUCAUGGAUUUACGAACUCGUUAUACUGCCUUAGUGACUUUGAUGACACAGUACAUCAAGUUUGCAGGUGACUCUCUGAAAAGACUGGAAGAGGAAGAGAACUUACCAGAUGAGAGUGAACUCCAGCAACCUGUGAAGUCAGCUGAAGUCUUUGAAUGUUUGGGAUGUAACGAAGUGGAAAGUACGCCUAAUGAAAGCACAGUGGAUGUGGAAUAUAUGCAAAAAGAUAACUCUCCCAGGAAACCUAAACACACAGAAAAUACACAGGAAAUUCAGAGAAGAAAAUUAGACAGAACUGAUAAAAACAAAACUGAUAGAACUUUAAAACAGUUUUUAAGUGUCAGUGAUCAAGAAAGUAGCAUUAAUGGCAACAGAGAAUAUAAGCUAUGUACAGAGCAAGACAAUGUAAUGGUGUUUGGUGAUCAAAGUAAGGAAGAUGAUAGAAAAGACUGUUUUCUUUCAGCUGAGACCUAUGUGAGAGGGAACAAUAAUCCUGAUCAGCAGAUUGUUAGUGGAGAGAGACUGAAAAUAGAGGGAGAAACAAAUAAGUUAUCUGAACUGGAUGAAGUAGAAAACAAAGAAAGAAAAAGAUCAAGAAAAGCACAGAGUGAUCCAAAUUUAGAUACAGAAUUGUUGGGAAAUGCACAGGAAUUAAAUACACCAUCAGAAAUGAUUUCUGGAGGAGGGAAUUAUUUUCCAGAACAUAGAUUAGGUAAAAAACUUUUGUGUUGGGAAGAGACAGUUAGUGAGAAGAAAAUAUCACAGGGUAAGAUGUAUGGCUUGGACACCAUAAAUAUAAAUAGGAAGGAACUGAGUGGAGAGAAUGAGUUAGCACAGGAUGAGAAAUACAAAGAUUUGUGGCUAGUUGCAGAAAUGGAAAGUAAAGAUAAAGGUCAAAGCACAGACAUACCUGGAAAAAACACUGAUGUCCAAAAAGCAUUGUAUGAAAAAACAGUAAGCAAAAUCUCCCUUGAAAAAAGAGAGAAGCCAAAGAAAAAAGACAGUGGUAAUGAAGAUAAAUGGCGCCCAACUAUAAUUAAGAGGUCAAUGGAAGAAGAAAAAAAAGAACACGUUGAGAAGGCUGGGGAUUUACUGAAAUGGGUGUCAAACCUCAGCAAGACACUCAGCAAAGAAGGAGGAGAAAAGGCUGAAAAAACAGAUUUGCCUAAGCAGCAGAUUUCCCUUGAAGAAAUGUCAGUUAAGAAAGAACAAAUAGCUGAAGCUCUGCAGACUACUCAGGCAUUUUUAGCUAAACACAGUGACAAAAUGACAGAUGAAGAGAGAGGUGAAAUGGAAAAACAAGUCAAAUCCCUCCAGGAGAGCUACAGUUUGUUAGCCAAUGAAGCUUUGAAGCAGCUGCAGGAAGCACACUAUUUGGAUGAUGAAAAGAUGGAAGAAAAGGAUGUGGCUGAACGACAGCAAGAAUGCAAAGAGAAACUGCAAGAAAUAUGUGAUAUGCUUACACAGACUGAAAAUCGACUCAUUGGACAACAAGAGUCUCUUGUUAUUGGAGACAGCAAGGCUGAGCUAGAACAGUACCAGACGAGACAGGAGGAGAUACAAAAAGACAUGAGAGCAAGUGCCCAGACAUUGGCAGAGAUUGUGAAAAAUACUGAAAACUUCUUAAAAGAAAACGGAGGAAAGUUGUCGCAAGAGGACAAGGCUGUUCUUGAACAGAAACUGAAUGAAGCAAAGACCAAGUGUUUGCUCCUUAGCCAAAAGGCAGAAGAAUCUAAAAAAGAACUGGAUAAAGCUAUGACAACAGCAAUUAAGCAGGAGACAGAAAAGGUUGCAGCCAUAGAACAGCUGGAAGAAAGUAAAAAUACAAUAGAAAACCUCUUAGACUGGUUAUCAAAUGUGGAUAAAGAAGCAGAGCAUGGCAGGAAAUUUAAGCAAGCAAUAGAACAGAAUGGAACACACUUUGAAGAGGGAGAUGUGAAGGUUUUGGAAGGAGAGGAGGAUGAUGUCAAUGGUAAUCUGCUGGAAAUUCAACAAGACAUUGAAACUCAGGUGGAUGGACUAGUGAAAAGCACAGACGAUAAUCUGAAUCAACAGUAUCAGAAAGUCAAGGCUCAACAUGAGAAAAUUAUUUCACAGCAGCAGGCUGUCAUAAUAGCAACUCAGUCUGCUCAGGCACUACUUGAGAAGCAAGGACACUACCUUUCUCCUGAAGAAAAAGAGAAGAUGCAGCGGAACAUGAAAGAGCUGAAGGCUCAGUACGAGACUGCUUUAGCUGAAUCAGAACGGAAGAUGAAGAUGACUCAUUCUCUGAGGGAAGAACUUGAGAAAUUUGAUAGAGACUAUAGUGAAUUUGAAACCUGGCUGCAGCAGGCAGAACAGGAGCUUGACAACUUGGAGGCUGGUGCUUCUGACUUCAGUGGUAUUAUGGUCAAAUUGAAAAGGCAGAAGAGUUUUUCAGAAGACGUUAUAUCUCACAAGGGUGAUUUACGGUAUAUUACAAUUUCUGGACAAAGAGUUUUGGAUGCUGCAAGGUCAUGUAGCAAAAGAGAUGGUGUCAAGGUUGACAAAGAUGGUAUUGAUACUUCGGCUACUUAUGCUGAAGUGCAAAAUAAACUGGAUAGCGCUUCAGAUCGUUUUAAAUCUCUCUACACUAAGUGUAGCAUCCUUGGAAAUAACCUUAAAGACUUGGCAGAUAAAUACCAGCAUUAUGAAGAUGCUUCAUCUGGACUUCUGUCAGGUCUUCAGGCCUCUGAAGUAGCUGUGAACAAACAACUAUCUGAGCCAAUUGCUGUGGAUCCCAAAAAUCUCCAAAGACAACUGGAAGAAACCAAGGUUCUCCAAGGACAAGUGUCUAAUCACCAAAUUGCUGUAGAAAAACUUAAAAAAGCUGCUGAAGUGCUUUUGGAUUCAAGGAAAGAGUUGGCAUCAGACAAAGAGGAGAUUCAGAAAACACUGGAUGAUAUUGUGGAGAGAUAUGACAAUUUAUCCAAGUCUGUGAAUGAAAGGAAUGAGAAGCUCCAAAUAACAUUGACUCGAUCCCUAAGUGUGCAGGAUGGCUUGGAUGAAAUGCUGGAUUGGAUGGAAGGUGUUGAAAAGAGCCUUGAAGAACAAGAUCAAGUGCCUUUGAAUUCUGCUGCUAUUCAAGAUAUCAUUAGUAAAAGCAUUAUGCUAGAACAAGACAUUGCUGGUCGUCAAAGCAGUAUAAACACUAUGAAUGACAAAGUGAAGAAGUUCAUGGAAACAGCAGAUCCAUCCACUGCAUCCUCACUGCAAGCCAAAAUGAGUGAACUUGCUGGACGUUUUUCUGCAGCAAGUAAGAAGCAUAAGGAAAAACUUAUGAAAAUGGAGGAGUUGAAGACUAAAGUGGAAUUAUUUGAAGAUCUGUCAGAGAAACUCCAGUCAUUCCUAGAUGAGAAAAACCAGGCUCUCAGUGAGACUGAGGCACCAAGAAAGGAUGUUAGUGAAGUGUCUCAGUACAUGCAGGAGGCUAGUAUAGAAUUAGCAAAACAUAAGAAAGACCUGGAAGUUUUGCAGAACCUUCUUGAAGAACUGUCUUUACACGCUCUUCCUGGGGAUAAAGCAUUGGUACUAGAAAAAGUAAAUGCUUUGUCAAAAAAAUUCAGAGAGAUAGAGGAGACUGUAAAGGAAAAAGAAGAGGAUGUAUCAUCUUGUCAGAAAGAAAUUGAUACCUUUGAGCUACUUGUAGAAUCUUUAAAGAAAUGGAUAAAAGAGACGACAGAACGAAUACCUGCUGCACAGCCCUCCCUGAAUACGGAAGAGUUAAAGAAGCCUUUGGAAGAUACAUUGAAUUUAAAAGAUGAGUGGACAUUAAAAGCAACUGAGCUGCAGAAAAUGAACAGCAGAGGAACACUGUUAUGUAAUCUGAUUAGUGCUGUGACUUCUCCUGCAAAACUGAGAGCGGUUGCAAAAUCAGUAGGUGGCACAGUGUUGAAUGGUGAAGGAGGAGCUCCAGGAACUCACGAUUUUCUGAAAAACAAAGAACUGACAAGUGUUCAACAAGCCAUGUCUGAUGUAAAUCAUAGUUACGAAGAUUUGGGAGUUUCUUUGAAGAAGAAGAUUUCAGAACUAGAAAGUAUGCUUUCAAAAAUGCAAAACAUUCAAGAAGAAUCAACUUCAGUGAUGCAGUGGUUACAAAAAAUGGACAAAACUGCAUCAGAUUGGGAAGCUGCUCCAACUGACAGUGAAGCUGUUAAAGCCCAAGUUGAGCAACAUAAGCUAUUUGAAACUGAAUUAAAGCAAAGUGAGAAUAAAGUGCAGGAACUGAAGGACAAAGUGACAGAGCUAUUGGAGAAGAACCCCAACUCUCCUGAAGCACCUAAGUGGAGACAAGUGUUGGAUAAAAUAGACUCCAAGUGGAAAGAGCUCAAUCAAGUUACAUCUGAGAGACAGCAAAAACUGGAAGAGUCUUCAAAUUACCUGACCCAGUUCCAGACAGCAGAAGCUCAGUUAAAGCACUGGCUUGUAGAAAAGGAGCUAAUGGUCAGUGUGCUGGGACCACUAUCAAUUGACCCCAAUAUGCUGAAUACACAAAAGCAACAGGUUCAGAUUCUGCUCCAAGAGUUUGACACCAGAAAGCCACAAUAUGAGCAGCUAACUGUGGCUGGUGAGGGGAUUCUGAAGAGACCUGGUGAAAUCCCCCCCUCACAUGACAUUGUAAAAGAGCAGCUGGCAGCUGUGGCACAAAAAUGGGACAACCUAACUGGCCAACUGAGUAACAGAUGUGACCGAAUUGAUCAAGCUAUAGUGAAAAGCACGGAGUAUCAAAGCCUACUCAGAAGUCUGUCUGAUAAGCUAAGUGCCUUGGAUAGCAAACUGAGCAGCAGCCUGGCUGUGAGUACACAACCUGAUGCUGUGAAACAACAACUGGAGAUUGCUAAAGAAAUGAAGAAGGAAAUAGAACAGGAAAUGAAGAGUAUAAAUGCAGCUCAAGUUCUUUGUGAAGAGCUCUCAACACUGGUUGGAGAAGAGUAUUUGAAAGCAGAACUUACAAGGCAGUUAGAUGGUAUCCUCAAAUCAUUUAAGGAUAUUGAGCAAAAAUCAGAUAAUCAUGUUCAGCAGCUUCAGUCAGCAUAUACCACUUCUCAUCAGUUCCAGCAAAGAUCUAAGGACUUUCAGGCCUGGCUAGAUGGAAAGAAAGAAGAGCUGAAGCAGGCUCGCCCUAUAUCAGCCAAACUUGAGACCUUGCAGUCCCUAAUUGAAGAACAGAAAGAUUUUAUGAAGACCCUGACCAAUGAGAUUAGUUCAUAUGAAAAAAUUGUUGCAGAAGGAGAAAGUAUAUUACAGAAGACUCAAGGAGCUGAUAAAGCAGCUUUACAGGCUCAAAUUGCCACACUCAGAAGUAAUUGGGAUGAAAUGGAUAAGCAGAUAAAAGAAAGGCAAGGUAAAUUAACAGAUUGUCUGGAGAAAGCACUCACAUACAAGCAGCACGUAGAAAAUUUGCAGCCGUGGAUAGAAAAAUGCCAAAGCAACCUGUCUGGAUUAAAAGUCAGCAUAAACCCUGUUGAAAUAGAAAAUUCUGUUGUUCAGGUGAGGGCCUGGCAGAAGGAUCUGGAUAAACACCAUGGAAUAGUGGAGCUACUAAAUAAUACUGCUGAAAGUUUGCUCAGUGCAAGCCAAACAGAUAAAGAAAUCAUUAAAGAAGAAACUAAGGUGCUGAAUGAGAAAGUGAGUAUGGUCACAGAACAAUUACAUAAGAAGAGAGAGUGCUUGGAAAAUAUGGCACAAAGGCUAAAAGAGUUUCAGGAAUCAUCCAGGGAAACAGAAAAGCAGCUUCAAAGUGCCAAAGAGCACCUGGAAGCUCACGAUUCGCUUGGACCUCAGUCUUUCAGUAACAAACACCUGACAAUGAUGCAGGCCCAGCAGAAGGCUUUACAGGCUUUAAGGCCUCAUGUUGAUUUAGUAAGAAAGCUUGCCCAAGACCUGGUAGUAGAAGCUUCUGAUUCAGCAGGUGUUUCUGACCUUUUGCUUCAAGCUGAAUCUUUGGAGAAAGAAUACACUGCAGUGAACCAGCAGGUUGAAGAUAGGUGCUCCUUCUUGGAAACAAAACUUCAAGGAAUUGGUCAUUUCCAAAACAGCAUCAGAGAGAUGUUCUCUCAGUUUGCAGAGUUUGAUGAUGAACUUGAUAGCAUGGCUCCGGUGGGAAGAGAUCUUGGUGUACUGCAAUCACAGAGGGAGGAUAUAAAACACUUCCUGAAAAAGUUGGAAGAUCUUAUAAUGAAUAAUGAAAAUGCUAAUAAAAAUUGUAAAAUGAUGCUAGCCACAGAAGCUGAAGCUUCUCCUGAUCUUGUUGGUAUAAAACGGGACUUGGAAGCAUUAAAUAAACAGUGCAAGAAACUACUAGACAGAGCAAAAGCCAGGGAAGAUCAAGUGGAAGGUACAAUUAACCGUGUCGAGGAGUUUUACAGUAAGCUAAAAGAAUUUUCCAGUCUGCUUGGGAGAGCUGAAGAACAUGAAGAAUCACAAGGUCCUGUUGGAAUGGAAACAGAAACUAUUAAUCAGCAGCUGAAUACAUUCAAGGUAUUCCAGAAAGAAGAAAUCGAGCCCCUGCAGGUUAAACAACAGGAGGUGAACUGGUUGGGUCAAGGCCUUAUUCAAAGUGCUGCUAAAAGCACCAACACAGAAAGCCUUGAACAUGACCUUGAAGAUGUUAACACCCGGUGGAAAACUCUUAAUAAGAAGGUGGCCCAACGUGCAGCACAACUGCAGGAAGCCCUCCUUCACUGCGGGAGAUUUCAGGAUGCCCUUGAAUCUCUGCUUAGUUGGCUCAUUGAUACAGAAGAACUUGUGGCUAAUCAAAAGCCGCCAUCUGCUGAAUUCAAAGUUGUGAAGGCCCAAAUACAAGAGCAGAAACUUCUCCAGAGGCUGUUGGAUGACCGCAAGCCUACUGUUGAGGUAAUCAAGCGUGAAGGGGAGAAAAUUGCAGAGUCAGCAGAACCUGCUGAUAAAGUGAAAAUCUUGAAGCAGUUGAGUUUGCUGGAUAGUCGAUGGGAUGCAUUGCUCAGUAAAGCUGAAACAAGGAACCGCCAGUUGGAAGGCAUCUCAGUGGUAGCACAGCAGUUUCAUGAAGCUCUGGAACCAUUAGUGGAGUGGCUGUCGGCCACAGAGAAGAGGCUUGCAAAUGCUGAACCCAUUGGAACACAGGCUUCCAAACUGCAACAGCAGAUUUCUCAGCAUAAAGCCCUAGAAGAUGAUGUCCUAGCUCACAAUAAGAGUUUGCUUCAGGCCAUUAGCACUGGUCAGUCUCUAAAGACUAUGAGCUCCAGGGAAGAUAAAGAUAUGGUGCAGGAAAAGCUAGAUUCUUCUCAGGCCCGAUACGUUGAGAUUCAAGAGAAGAGCAACAGCAGGUCUGAACUUCUACAGCAAGCAUACUGCAAUGCUCAGAUUUUUGGGGAGGACGAAGUUGAGUUGAUGAACUGGCUGAAUGAAGUCCAUGAUAAACUGAGCAAGUUGUCAGUCCAAGAUUGCAACACAGAAUUGCUUGAGAAACAGCACUCUGAACUACUGGAGCUUCAGGAGGAGAUUCUUCUCAGAAAACAAAAUGUUGAUUUGGCUAUACAAAAUGGUUUAGAGCUUCUCAAACAAACAACAGGUGAUGAAGUUAUAAUAAUUCAAGAUAAACUGGAAGGCAUUAAAGUGAGAUACAAAGACAUUACAAAAUUGAGUUCUGAUGUGUCCAAGACCUUAGAGCAGGCUCUACAGCUUGCAGGUCAGCUGCACUCAACCCAUGAAGAGCUCUGCAAAUGGCUUGACAAAGUGGAAGUGGAGUUACUGUCAUAUGAAACUCAAAUACCACAGGGUGAAGAAUUAAGCCAAGCACAAGAAAGACAAAAAGAGUUGAAAAAAGAAGCAAAAAACAACAAAGCCUUACUGGACACUCUCAAUGAAGUCGGCAGUGCCUUCCUGGAACUGGUGCCAUGGAGGGCUAGAGAGGGGCUUGACAAGAUGAUAACAGAGGACAACGAACGUUACAGAUUAGUGAGUGACACAAUCUCUCAGAAGGUGGAUGAGAUUGAUGCCGCCAUCCUGAGAUCCCAGCAGUUUGAUCAAGCAGCUGAUGCUGAACUCGCCUGGAUUGCAGAAACAGAGAAGAAACUGAUGUCUCUUGGUGAUAUUAGGCUUGAGCAAGACCAGACCACAGCUCAGCUACAAGUUCAAAAGGCUUUUACCAUGGAGAUUUUGAGGCACAAAGAUACUAUAGAUGAACUUGUUAAGUCCGGGGAUAAGAUUAUGAACACGUGCACUGAAGAAGAAAAGCAGACCAUAAAGAAAAAACUGAAAAGCCUGUUACAGAAAUAUGAUACAGUCUGUCAAAUGAACUCGGAGAGAAACCUCCAGCUGGAGCGGGCUCAGUCCCUAGUUAACCAGUUCUGGGAGACUUAUGAAGAGCUUUGGCCGUGGUUAACUGAAACAGAAAUGAUCAUCUCUCAGCUUCCUGCACCUGCCCUUGAGUAUGAAACUUUAAAGCAACAACAAGAAGAGCAUCGGCAACUGCGUGAGCUGAUUGCUGAGCACAAGCCUCAUAUAGAUAAGAUGAAUAAAACUGGGCCUCAGUUGCUGGAGCUGAGCCCAGGAGAAGGUUUCUCUAUCCAAGAGAAAUACGUGGCAGCUGACACCCUUUACAGUAAAAUUAAGGAAGAUGUCAAAAAGCGAGCACUGGCACUGGAUGAAGCCAUUUCUCAGUGUACCCAGUUUCAUGACAAGAUAGAUCCAACUCUUGAGAGUUUGCAACGCAUAGUUGAACGCCUGAGGCAGCCACCUUCAAUCUCAGCAGAGGUUGAGAAGAUUAAAGAGCAAAUUAGUGAAAAUAAGAAUGUGUCAAUGGAUCUGGAAAAACUUCAGCCUGUCUAUGAGACGCUUAAACAGCGAGGGGAGGAAAUGAUCGCUCGCUCAGAAGGGGCAGAUAAGGAUGUAUCUGCUAAAGCUGUGCAAGAUAAACUAGACCAAAUGGUCCUUAUUUGGCAAGACAUCCAGACCUUGACCGAGGAAAGGGAGGCCAAAUUGUUGGAUGUUAUGGAACUGGCUGAAAAGUUCUGGUGUGAUCAUAUGGCUCUUGUAGCUACUAUUAAAGAUACUCAAGACUUCAUUCGAGAACUGGAGGGACCUGGAGUUGACCCAUCUGUAGUCAAGCAACAGCAAGAAGCUGCUGAGGCUGCUAAAGAAGAAAUUGAUGGACUGCAAGAAGAACUAGAAACAGUUGUGAGCCUAGGCUCCGAACUUAGAGCUGCUUGUGGAGAGCCUGACAAACCUAUUGUCAACAAGAGUAUAGAUGAGCUGAACUCUGCCUGGGAUGCCUUAAACAAAACAUGGAAAGAGCGAGUGGAUAAGCUUGCCGAAGCUAUGCAGGCAGCUGUUCAGUACCAAGAUGGACUGCAGGCAAUAUUUGACUGGGUAGACAUUGCUGGCAUCAAGUUAGCAUCCAUGUCCCCAGUUGGAACGGAUUUGGAGACAGUGAAGCAGCAAACUGAGGAACUUAAGCAAUUUAAAACAGAAGCUUAUCAGCAGCAGAUAGAAAUGGAAAGACUGAACCAUCAAGCAGAACUAUUGCUGAAGAAGGUAACGCAGGAAAGUGACAAGCACACCGUACAAGACCCUCUCUCAGAGCUCAGACUAAUGUGGGACAGCCUAGAAGAAAAAAUUAUAAAUCGACAGCACAAGCUGGAAGGUGCCUUGUUAGCCUUGGGGCAGUUCCAGCAUGCCCUGGAUGAGUUACUUACAUGGCUGACGCAUACAGAAGACUUGCUGAACGAACAGAAACCCGUGGGUGGAGACCCCAAGGCUAUUGAAAUUGAACUUGCCAAACAUCAUGUGCUACAGAAUGAUGUUUUAGCUCAUCAGUCUACAGUAGAAGCAGUUAAGAAAGCAGGAAAUGACCUGAUUGAAUCAAGUGCUGUUGAAGAAGCAAGCAAUUUACAGAGCAAGUUGGAACUUCUGAAUCAGCGCUGGCAAAAUGUGUUGGAAAAAACAGAACAAAGGAAACAGCAGCUGGACAGUGCCUUGAUUCAGGCCCAAGGUUUCCAUGGUGAAGUUGAAGAUAUGCAGCAAUGGCUGACAGACACUGAACGUCAACUGUUGGCAUCAAAACCUGUUGGAGGCUUACCAGAAACAGCAAGAGAACAGCUUAAUACCCAUAUGGAACUUUGUGCUGCCUUUGAAGCCAAAGAAGAGACAUAUAAGUGUCUAAUGCAGAAAGGCCAGCAGAUGCUUGCAAGAUGCCCAGAAUCUGCUGAAACAAAUGUUGAGCAGGACAUAAAUAACUUAAAAGAAAAGUGGGAAUCCGUACAAAUGAAGCUUGGUGAAAGAAAAACCAAACUGGAAGAGGCCCUCAAUUUAGCAAUGGAGUUCCACAACUCACUUCAAGAUUUCAUCAAUUGGCUCACACAGGCAGAGCAAACUCUAACUGCAGCUUCUCGGCCAAGUCUUAUCUUGGACACUGUCUUGUUUCAAAUUGAUGAACACAAGGUUUUUGCCACAGAGGUGAAUUCUCAUCGAGAUCAGAUCAUAGAGCUGGACAAAACCGGUACCCAUUUGAAAUACUUCAGCCAGAAACAAGAUGUAGUCCUUAUUAAGAAUCUGCUGAUUAGUGUACAGAGUAGAUGGGAAAAAGUAGUUCAGCGUUUAGUCGAAAGGGGAAGAGCUUUGGAUGAUGCAAGGAAACGAGCCAAACAGUUCCAUGAAGCCUGGCACAAACUUAUGGAGUGGCUAGAAGAAUCAGAGAAGUCUUUGGACUCAGAUCUCGAAAUUGCAAAUGACCCUGACAAAAUAAAGAUGCAGCUUGCACAGCAUAAGGAAUUCCAGAAAUCUCUUGGUGCCAAACAUUCUGUAUAUGACACCACAAACAGGACUGGACGCUCCUUGAAAGAGAAAACCACCUUGGCUGAUGACAAUUUGAAGCUUGAUGACAUGCUGAGUGAACUAAGGGAUAAAUGGGACACAAUUUGUGGAAAAUCAGUAGAAAGACAAAAUAAACUGGAGGAAGCCCUGUUAUUUUCAGGACAAUUUACUGAUGCUCUACAAGCUCUCAUUGAUUGGUUGUACAAAAUUGAACCUCAGCUAGCAGAAGAUCAGCCAGUGCAUGGUGACAUUGAUUUAGUGAUGAACUUGAUUGACAAUCACAAGGUUUUCCAGAAGGAGCUGGGAAAAAGAACAAGCAGUGUUCAGGCUCUGAAGCGCUCUGCCAGAGAGCUUAUAGAGGGCAGUCGUGAUGACUCGUCCUGGGUCAAAGUACAGAUGCAGGAGCUGAGCACUCGCUGGGAGACAGUUUGUGCCCUGUCAGUAUCCAAGCAAACACGACUUGAGCAGGCUCUCCGACAGGCAGAGGAAUUCCACUCUGUUGUUCACGUCCUUUUGGAGUGGCUGGCAGAGGCAGAGCAGGCUCUUCGUUUCCACGGUGUCCUUCCAGAUGAUGAAGAGGCCUUGCGUACACUGAUAGAUCAGCACAGGGAGUUCAUGAAGAAACUGGAAGAGAAAAAAGGAGAACUGAAUAAAGCAACAGGUAUGGGAGAAGCUAUCCUGGCUAUCUGCCAUCCAGACUCCAUCACCACCAUUAAGCAUUGGAUAACAAUUAUCAGAGCAAGGUUUGAAGAGGUAUUAGCUUGGGCCAAACAACAUCAACAGAGACUGGCCGGAGCUCUGGCUGGACUUAUUGCUAACCAGGAAUUGCUGGAAGCCUUGCUAUCCUGGUUGCAGUGGGCAGAGACUACACUUACUGAAAAAGAUAAAGAGGUUAUCCCCCAGGAGAUUGAGGAGGUUAAAGCACUUAUAGCUGAACAUCAGACAUUCAUGGAGGAAAUGACCAGAAAACAACCUGAUGUGGAUAAAGUAACAAAGACCUAUAAAAGGAAGGCACUUGAACCCACUCCUGUACAAUCUCAUAUUCCUGUCCUUGAUAAGGGGAGAGCAGGAAGAAAGCGUUCCCCCACACCAGGCUUAUAUCCAUCAGCAGCCCAGGCACAAAUUGAAACCAAGAAUCCACGGGUCAACCUUUUAGUCAGCAAAUGGCAGCAAGUCUGGCUUCUGGCCUUGGAAAGAAGAAGAAAACUCAAUGAUGCCUUGGACAGACUUGAAGAGCUGAGAGAAUUUGCCAACUUUGAUUUUGAUAUUUGGAGGAAAAAAUAUAUGCGAUGGAUGAACCAUAAGAAGUCUCGUGUAAUGGACUUCUUCAGGAGGAUUGAUAAAGAUCAGGAUGGAAAAAUAACAAGGCAGGAGUUUAUUGAUGGAAUUCUUUCUUCAAAAUUCCCAACAAGCCGACUUGAAAUGAGUGCUGUUGCAGACAUUUUUGAUAGAGAUGGUGAUGGAUAUAUUGAUUAUUAUGAGUUUGUAGCAGCUCUUCAUCCAAACAAGGAUGCUUACAAGCCUCUCACAGAUGCUGACAAAAUUGAAGAUGAGGUUACAAGACAAGUAGCUAAAUGCAAAUGUGCAAAACGGUUUCAAGUGGAACAGAUUGGGGAUAACAAGUACAGGUUUGGUGACUCUCAACAACUACGCCUUGUUCGUAUCCUAAGAAGUACAGUCAUGGUUCGUGUUGGAGGUGGCUGGAUGGCACUUGAUGAGUUCUUAGUGAAAAAUGAUCCUUGCAGGGCUAAAGGGAGGACAAAUGUGGAGCUGCGUGAGAAGUUCAUCUUGGCAGAUGGUGCCAGUCAGAGCAUGGCAGCUUUCAGACCAAGAGGCCGUAGAUCACGACCCUCUUCACGGGGUGCUUCUCCCAACAGGUCUACUUCUCUGUCAAGUCAGGCUGCUGCCCCACCACAAGCAGUUGCUACAAGUACACCAAAGACACCACAUCAUUUAACACGCAACUAUGGUAAACCAUGGUUGACAAACAGCAAAACGUCAACUCCUUCUAAGCCAGCAGAAUCCUCAGACUAUCAAGGGUCAUCUGGAGAGGGAACACCUAUUCAAGGAAGUAAACUCAGACUGCCAGGAUAUCUAUCAGGGAAGGGUUUCCACUCUGGAGAAGACAGUGGCAUCCUGUCCACAGCAGCUACCAGAGUCAGAGCUCAGUUUGCAGAAACCAGGAGAACUCCAAGCAGACCUGGGAGCCGAGCGGGAAGCAAGGCUGGCAGCAGGUCGAGUAGCCGCAGAGGCAGCGAUGCAUCUGACUUUGAUAUUUCAGAAAUCCAGUCUGUAUGCUCAGAUAUGUCAGAGACUGUGCCAGCUACAAGCAGACCGACACCCCGAGCAGGUUCUCGGCCAGGAUCAGCCAAGCCUUCUAAAAUUCCAACUCCCCAGAGAAGGCCGAUAGCCAGCAAAUUGGACAGGUCCUUGAAGAGAUAAUAUGAUUAGCUUCAUAAAGGUUUUUUUUCCUUUUGCGUUAAGUAUUUAAGUUCGUAAGAUGUAAAAUAUUCUGUAGAAAUCGUUGUGAAAUAUCGCAAGAGGUGGAUUUUUAAUUCUGCAGAUGGCCUUAUUUGUGUAUUUGUCUUCUUAUUUUAUGUGUAUAAUUUUUGUCAGAUUUGUUUUUGUUUAUGCCAUAUCCUGUGAGGAGGGGAGAAGAGUUUUAAUGUAAACUAACAGUUGUACACAGUAAUGUGUAGAAAGUACACUAAAAAGUAAUUACCAAAUGUACAGUGUACUGAAUGUACAGUAAAUCUCUGGAGCCUGAAGAAAAUAGACCUAUCACUAUGUCAUUAGUUAACAGUAAAGGAUACCUCAAGAUUUUUCUUUAAAAAAAGAAAAAAAAAAGAAUACUAAAAAGCCAAAAGACACAAUUGUGCAUUUUGAGCUAAUGAAACAAACACUAAAGGAUGUGUGUCAAAGCUACCGAGGAAUACAGCCCCACAGUCACAGUACCCUUAUUUAUACAGCAUCUCUCAGAGAACUCACACAGUUAAGCACUUGCCAGUGAUAUGAUACUCCAAUACCUUGCAGCGUUUCUGUGCCAUUGCUUUCGGUGAGGCCAGACACAUUCUGGAUAUCGGAACUAUUAUUCUAUAAGAAUAUCAAUAUAAACUGCAUUCAUGUAAAUGUGAGGUUUUCUUUUGCUUGAGUGGAUGGUAGCACUGUAUUAUUAUUGAACUCAUUUUGUAUCAAAGCAAUUUUGCUUGCAGAAGGCUCUGAAAUAAACAUGUCCCUUAACUUUA